UUCACAGAACUCCCAGCCUAAAAGUGUCUCCACAAGAAGGGAGGGCAGGGGGACCAGGAGCCCUGCUGGUUGAUGGGCCACCUCCUAGAAGGGGACACUGGUGCAUGGCCUGGGUGUUCCCUGUUGGAGCCCAGGUGCCCCUCCCUCUCCACUCCUGCAUCCAGGGGUGCCUCGGGGCUUCAUCCUCUGGCCCAGUGGCUGCUGUUGCUGCUGCUGCUGCUUCCUGCUGCCUGUGACUCCUCAGGUCCCCUCCUCAGUCACUGCUCCUGCUUUCCAGGUUUUCAGCUCCUCCUGUAGCUCGGGCUACUUCCUUGUUUUUGGUGUCUUUGCACAAACAAGGGGACUCCUGGAAGCUGAUCCUGUUCAUGGCUGGGCGUCCCCCACCCCUGGCCCUCCAAGUCCUGACUGUCCCUCCUCGUCUUCCAUUCCUGCUGCCACAUGUCCUGAUGGCUGAGAACCACGUCUGACUGCAGGAGGAGGGAGACAUGUCUGACAACUCUCGGAAAGUUACUUUCACUUCUAUUUUCCCCUUUUGGGUGGAGCCCUGUCUGGGUGAGCCCGUUACACACUUCCUGCUCAUGGCUGGGCAGCGACACUGGAACCGGGCUGGGGACACAGGAGGGAUGGAAGACCAGGCUCCAGGCCCAAGCAGGGCCCAGGGCAGGAUCAUGGCCAGUGGGGGCAGCAACCUCUGCACCAGGAUGUCCACAGAAGACCAGAGUAGAGAUGAAAACCUGAUCUAUGAAACUGUUUACAAGCACUUCAAAAGACAUAAGACUGAGAUUGCAACUGCAAUAAAAAAAGAAUUUCCUUUCCUUGAGGUACUUCGUGACCGUGAAAUUAUCACCGAAAAAAUGUAUGAAGAUUGUCAAGAAUCUUGUCGAAACCUGGUCCCUGUACAGAAAGUGGUGUACAAUGUUCUCAGGUAUCUGGAGAACAAAUUUGACCUGCCAAUUCUGGAAGCAUUGUUCACCGACGUCAACAAACAGGAAUACCCUGAAUUAAACAACAUUUACAAAAGCUUUGAAAACGCAAUCCACGAGAAACUUUGUUACCAAGAGAGUGAUGGAGAAGAGACUGUGGAGAACCUUAACACCCCAUUGAGCCUUGAACAAGGACCCAGUGGGAACCCAUAUCCAAGACUGUCCUGGAACAGCCCACAUCGCUCAAAUUACAAUGGUACAGCUCCACCUGAAAAUGGACUCUCAGAGCACCCCUCUGAAACAGAACAGAUAAAUGCGAGGAGAAAAGGUACAACCAAUAGCAACAAUGCACCCGAAAACCGACAAGCAAAUGAACAAGGUGUCCAAGAGUCUGAGCCAGCAGAAUUCUGUGAACAAGUACCCAUCGAAGGGAAUAAUGGAGAUGCAAGAAGUGAGACGCCCAGCCCAUUGCCCCAUAAUGAAGAAGGAGCGGAGUUACCCGAUCAGAGAAUCAAACUAAAUUCCUGCUCUGUAUAUCUGGUGGAUAUAAAGAAGGAAAAGCCAUUUUUUGAUUCAGAACAUGAAAAGCAAACCCAAACAAGGGCUCGCUGCAAGCCGGCGUUGGACAUAAUAGUGAUCAGCAGUGACGACUCCACAGAAAUCAGUGAUGGAGACGAGCCCCCGGAAGCUUCCACCUCAGCAGUGACAAGGGAACCUGAGAGAGGAAGGAAUAGAGAGAAAGACAGAAACACCCAUGUGAGAAACAUCGAUCAGUUGCCUCCUGCAUUCACCCCAGCUGGGAAUCAAACCUACAAUCUAGAAUCAAGUGAAGAAGAAGACAUCCAAGAAGCCACCUGCUCAGCAACCAAGACUGCACCACGGCCCGUGAAUUUCAGAAAAUUAACUACAUGCAGGAAAAGUCUUUGGAAAAGUGGGAGAAGUCAUGAAAGGUUUUCGGAGUCCAGUGCGGAUGAGGCGCCCCCCGGAGCGUGCAGCCCUGCACUGAAAAGUGAUUCUGAGGAGGAGGAUUUUCUGGAUUUUGGAAACCAGUCUACUUGCGAGAUGAGCAAUAAGAAAAGACGGAUCAGCACUGGUGACUCUCCAAAACUGAACAGUGAAGAACAGCCUCAGGAAACUUUUCACUCAGCCCGAAGAAGUUGGUCAGGAGCAGAGCUCCGAGGACUUGGAAAUGAGAAGUGUCCCUGUGUCAUGUGUGUAUCAAAAGGUGUGCCAAGAGGCCAAGAAACAAGGACUGAAAAUAGCCAAGCAUCUGAUAUGGAUAUCAUGGAUAUUGGAAGAAAUUCUACUUUGGAAAAACACAGUGGAAAAAGAAGAGAAAAGAGAAAACACAUAGAUAAAACUAAGAGUUUUCUAAGAGUGGAAAACAGAAGCACACAUAGAAUCCAAGCUCUGAAUUCCAGAGUCUCAAGGAUAAGAAACAAACCAAAAAGGAAAAAAGCAAUCAACCCUGGACCUUUGAAAAGAUGCAGAAAAAGAGUUCCAAGAAUUCCCAGAGAUACAAAUAUGGAUUUUCAACCUCCUAAACUUCCGGUGACCUGUGGUCAGGCGAAGGGGAUUUUGUGUAAGGAGAUGAUGAAACAAGGCAUCUCAGCGAAGUGUAUAGAGUUGACGGAUGGGAAGCAGCUCACCCUCAAGGAAUUCGAAAUUGAAGGGAACCACGAAAAAUCCAAGAACUGGAGGCUGAGUGUGCGCUGCGGCGGCUGGCCCCUGAAGCUCCUGAUUCAGAAAGGAUUUCUACCAGACCCCCCAAGGACAAGAAAAAAGACAAUACCAGAGUCUCACAGCAAUGACUUCAUUGACCCAUAUCCGGAAAACUCCAACGAAUGUGAGGUGUGUCGUAGAAGAGGAAAGCUCUUCUGCUGUGAUACUUGUCCGAGGUCCUUUCAUAGCAAAUGCCACAUCCGUCGUAUUGAUCCUGACAGGACCCCAUGGAGUUGCAUCUUCUGCCAGAUGGGGGCAAAUGGCCCAGAAAAUCAACCAUGUCAUCAGGAGUCAGAGGUCCUGGAGAGGCAGAUGCUGAGCGAAGAGAAGUUGAAAUGUGAAUUCCUCCUCUUGAAGGUCUAUUCCUGUCCAGAAAGUUCCUUUUUUGCCUCAAAACCAUACUAUAGUAAACAGGCACCUCGGGGCCUGCAGAAGUACAUGUGGUUAGACAAGAUCAGGAGAAAGCUGACUUGGAAUUUAUACGGCCAAGUGAAGGGGUUUGUGCAGGACAUGCGCCUCAUCUUUCGGAACCACAGGACGUUUUACAGGGAACAUAAGUUCAUCAGGCUGGGACUUCAACUAGAGGCCAAAUUCGAGGAUGAUUUCAAAAACAUUUUUGCAGUUCAGAAAAUCAGCCAGAACAGCUCUCAGCCCGAGCCCAUCAUUCUGUAAGGCCGUCCGUUUUUUUUGCUUCCGUCUCCAGAGCCUCCCGCAGGGUGCGGCCAGGUGCCCGGGGUCCCAGGCCGUCUGCUGCUGUGCGAACAUCAUGUCACCCUUCUCAUCUCGCACUUUUUUGUUGCCAUUCCUGCUCAUUUAUUUUUGUAAAUAAAAUCUAAA